AUGUCAACUUCUACAACAUCUUCAACUAGCAGUAAUGGUAAUAGUAAUUCAGUUAGUUUAAAUUCAAUUGCAGUAUUUGAAAGAUUAAAGUUAUUAUAUGAAUCAUGGAACAAUGAUGGUAGUAAUGGUCUUUGGAAAGGCGCCAACUCAUUAGUGUUGGCUUUAGGUUUACCAAACGAAAAUAAUCCAUAUCAAAAGAUUACAUCAUUUCAAACUUGGUUAUUUGGUUAUGAAUUAAGAGAAACUGUAAUUGUAUUUUUAAAUAAAGAUAUUCAUAUACUUUCAAAUAAUAAAAAAACAAACUCAAAAGAAGGUAAAGAAAAUGAACAAUUUAAAUUUCAUUUUUAUUUAUUAAGCAAAGAUAAAAAUGAAGGAAAUAAAGAUAGUUUCGAAAAGUUAAUUAAUGAAGCAAAAAAAGCAGGAAAUAAUGUUGGUGUUAUUAUUAAAGAAGUAUUUUUAGGAGAAUUUGGUAAACAAUGGGAUGAAAAUGUUAAUAAUAGUGGGUUAAAUAAAGUCGAUAUCACACAAGGCCUUUCAUCAUUGGUUGCCGUUAAAGAUGCACAAGAACAAAAGAAUAUUAUUACAUCAUCAAAGAUCACAUCAAAGGUAUUAAAGACUCAUUUAUUACCAAAGAUUGAAACCAUUAUCGAUAAAGGUCAAACCAUCACUCACGAUGAAUUAUCAGAAUAUUCAAUUGAUAUCUUUAGUCAUCCAGAGAAGAUUAGCAGCAAAUUACCAACCGACAGUGUAGAUUACUCUUAUGUACCAAUUGUUCAAAGUGGUGGAAACUAUGAUUUAAAAGCAAGCGCUACAAGUGAUGAAAAUCCACUCCAUUUUGGCACUAUUAUUAUUUCAGUUGGUGCUCGUUACAAAAACUAUUGCUCCAAUGUUUCACGUACCUAUAUGAUCGACCCAACUAAAGAACAAAGAAAAAAUUAUGAGCUUUUAUUAUUGGUCCAAAGCAAUUUAAUUAAAGCAAUCAAGCCAGGUGUUUCAAUCAAUCAAUUAUACGAAAAAGCUGUUGAAACUAUUAAUAAUACAAGACCAGAAAUGCUUAAGCACUUUGUAAAGAAUUGUGGUUAUGGUAUUGGUAUCGAAUUCCAAGAGUCAAACUUGAUAAUCUCACCAAAUAACUCUAGACCAAUCAAAGAGGGUAUGACUUUUAAUAUUGUUUGUGGUUUCUCAAAUGUCGAAAACCCCCAAGCUAAAGAUGAUAAAUCUAAAAUAUAUGCUUUGAUGAUUGCCGAUACUAUUCUCGUAAAUAAAGAAGGUAAAGUUGAAGUUUUAACAUCAGAAGUUGGUAAAAAAGAUGGAGAUGUUAUUUAUCAAUUAAGUGAUAAAGAAGAUAGAGAAGAAGAAGAGGAUGAUCCAUCUGUUAAAUUAGAAUUACCAGAAGAUGUAAAAGAAAUUAAAGGUAGAGCAAGAGAAACCAAAGAAAAAUCAAAGACAAUUGAAGAGCGUCGUAGAGAUCAUCAACAAAUGCUUGCCCAAAGAAACAAAGAGGAGGCUGAGAAUAAACUUAAAAAGUUGGAAGAUCAAACUAACGGUAAAAAAGAAUCACCAGAUUUGGAUUAUACAGCAAUUACCAAACUUCCAUCAAUCUACAGCAAUGUUGGUGCAUUCCCACCAGAAACAGUAAAGAAUAAAAUGUUGAUUGAUAACAAAAAAGAAACUAUCCUCUUCCCAAUCUAUGGUUAUAUGGUACCAUUCCACAUUAGUACAAUCAAGAAUAUCAGUAAAUCAGAAGAAUAUAUCAGAGUAAACUUUAACACCCCAUCAUCAUUUACACAAGAGCAAAUUGAUGCCGGUUUUGCACCACCACAACUUAUGUACAUUCGUGAACUCACUUAUAAAGUUAGUGAUCCAAAAGCUUUAGCCAAUAACCUUCGUCUCAUUAAAGAUUUAAAAAAGAAAUUUACAACUCGUGAAAGUGAAGAUCGUGAAAAACGUACUCUUAUUGCACAAGAAAAACUUAUUCUUUCUCGUGGUAAAUUCCCAAGACUUCCAGAGGUUCAUGUCCGUCCAACACUUACUGGUGCCCGUAGAACUAUUGGUAUUCUUGAAGCCCACGAUAAUGGUUUCCGUUUCAAUCCAACCUCAACAAAAGAUAGAACCCCAAUUGAUGUUCUUUACAAAAAUAUUAAACAUGCAAUUUUCCAACAAGCUGAUCAAGAAUCAAUGGCUGUUAUUCAUUUCCAUUUAAUUGAUCAAAUUAUGAUUGGUAAAAAGAAAACUAAAGAUGUUCAAUUCUAUAUUGAAAUUUCAGAAAUGACCCAAUCUCUCGAUGUAUCAAGUCGUUCAUUCAACGAAGAAGAAGAGGAGGAGCGUCGUGAAAGACAACUCAAAGAAAAGAUUAAUAAUGACUUUAAAACAUUUAUUAAACGUGUCGAAGAAAUUGUACCAGAACCAGGCCUCGAGUUUGAUGUACCAUAUCGUGAAUUAGGUUUCUUUGGUGUUCCUAAUACUAGUACUGUAUUCAUUCAACCAUCCGUCCACUGUCUUGUUUCAAUUUUAGAACCACCAUUCUUUGUUUUAACUCUUGAUGAUGUCGAAAUCGCUUGUUUUGAAAGAGUUAUUCGUACACUUCGUAAUUUCGAUCUCACUUUUGUCUUUAAAGAUUAUAAUAGACCACCAAUCCGUAUUGAUGCUAUCCCAAGAAACCAUUUCGAAACUGUAAAAGAAUGGCUCGAUUCAUUCAAUAUUAAAUUUUAUCAAUCCGAAAAGAAUUACAAUUGGAAGAGACUUAUGGAUAUCAUUAAAAGUGAUUUAAAGAAAUUCCAUGAAGACGGCGGUUGGUCCUUCUUAGAACCAGUAGAAGAGGAACAAGGCGAAGAAGAAGAUGAUGGCGACGAUGAUUAUGAACCAUCAGAAUCAGAAGCAUCAAGCGAUUACAUCUCCUCAAUGUCAUCAGGUUCCGAUGAUGAUGACGAAUCAGAAUCGGCUUCAAAUUCUGGUGAAUCUUGGGAAGAUUUAGAUGAACAAGCUGACAAAUAUGAUAAAAAGAAAUCUUUUGAUGAAUCAAAUAAAAGAAAGAGAGAUGAUUUGAAACCAACCUCAUCAUCAUCAUCAGGUAAACCAUCUUCAUCAUCAUCCUCAAGUAAACCAUCUUCAUCAUCAUCAUCAAGUAAAUCAUCAUCAAGCAAAUCCUCUUCAAGCAAACCAUCUUCAUCAUCAUCAUCAAGUAAGUCAUCCUCAAGUAAAUCCUCUUCAAGUAAACCAUCCUCAUCAUCAAAUAAAUCAUCCUCUUCAAGUAAAUCAUCCUCCUCAAGUAAAUCAUCAAGCAAAAAAUAAAAUUUUUUUAAAAAUAUAUUAAUUUCUUUUAAUAAAUAAAAUAAAUAAAAAAAAAAGUUAUAAUUAUCUUUAUUAAUAUUAAAGAAU